AUUUAAAGGAGUAUUUAACACAAUUGGCCAGUAUAUUAUUUAAUUUGGACAGUGAAUGAUCUAAUAACAAUCAUGUAACCAAUUUACAGAACUGACGAGAUGGCUCUCUCACUUACGGUAGAAGAAACAAACUUCCUUCGCUUGGUUGCGUUGACCAUUGGUGUUGCCCCAAGAGCUGUUCGUUGCUAUUUUGACGGAGUCUUACAUCCAAACAAUCUUCAAACUACACUACUGAAUCAACAAAAGACAAUAGAUGAUUUAAGAUAUCGCAAAAAAGUUCUAACAUCAGUUCAGUACAACACAUUAUUUCAUUCGGGAUCUGCAGUUACAUCUAAGAACUUCGACAUUACAUUAAUGAUAUGCCUUCUGAGGAAUAUAAGUGGAAUAGCUCCCCCCGUCACAGGAUAUGAUACCCUUCCAUCACCAACUGAUAUAAGCAAAGGAGCUGAUUUAUCUCGCAUCAAACAUUACAGAAAUAAAAUAGCGCAUUCAACAGACUCAAAAAUGCUGACACAAGAAUUUGAAGAUGCUUGGAAUGAUGUUAGCACGGCAAUAGGAAGACUUGGUGGUAGCGUUUUUCAGCAAGAAUGUUUUUCUUUAAAAAGUUCCAAUUUAGACAGUGAAUGUUAUAAAGACAUUUUGUUGAAUAUUCGCCAUUUCCAAGAUGAAGUAUCGCAUACCAUGGCAAAUAUGAUUGAAGCCUUGACAAAAAAGACAACUGACAUGGAAAACAUUUUGCAAGACACAAUUCCUCAAAACAUUAGAGCUCUUUACAACAACGAAAUUUCGAAGUGGAAGCAGGAGGAUUCUAAAUUUGUUUCAACAAAACAAUCAAAACAAAUAUUGGAUUAUUUCGACACUGAAGUGUUUUUGACUAUCACGGGUAAUUCUGGAGUUGGAAAAUCGUUUACAACAAAGCAUGUAGCAUUACAUAUGCUUUCAAACGGAUAUGAUGUUUUGCCUGUUAGAAAACCAUUCGAUAUUUUAAAGUUUGUCUCGCAAAAUGCGAAAAUUGUGUUUGUGUUUGACGAUGUUUGCGGAAAGACCCAUUUAUUACACAACGAGAUGGAAGAUUGGGAAAGAUAUUCUGACGAAAUUGCAAAUUGUAUACUCGGAAAAGAUGUAAAAAUAUUGUGUAAUUGUAGGUUACAAAUAUUUCAGAGUAAAGAAUUCGAGUCAUUGCAACUGUUGAGAAAGUGCCAAAUUAAUCUUCUGACCAGUGAAUUUACACUUUCUGAAAAACGUUUGAUUGCAUCAAAAUAUGUAUCCGAAGAGGUUUUGAAGGAAUUAUCUGAUGAAUGCAUCAAACUUUAUGAUUGCUUUCCUUUAUUAUGUAGAAUGUCCAAAACAUGGGAGGCGAGUAAAGCGUUAUCUUUUUUAUUAAACCCAUUAAGUGUUUUUGAAAAUGAAUUAGAACAGAUGAAAAGAAGAGAGAAACUAAAUUUUUGUGCUUUACUUCUUGUGACUAUUUUUAACAACAAUUUUGAUAAUGGAUUGCUCACUGAUGACAUAGAUAUAAACGAUCGUAAAACAUUAGAUGAUAUAAUAGAAGAAUGCGGGGAAACACGAGGUACCUCAAGAGUUUUAAUUAAAGAUCAUUUAGACACAUUGAUUGGAGUUUAUUUAAUGUUCGAAGACAAUUCUUACCGAUUUACAAAUGAAAGGUUAUUUGAAAUGACAUUUACUUUUAUGGCUAAAACAUUCUUGAAAUUCAUGAUCAAGCAUUGUAAAGUAUCAAUGCUUUGUGAUAAAUUUGGUCUUGAGUGUUUAGAUGAAGGCCGGCAGCAUUAUCAUUUUUUCGUGCCUAGUCAUUUUGAGAACUACUUCUUUGAACGGUUAUUAAAGGAAGCAGAUACUUAUAAUUUCCUUGAUAUUUUCGAUUGCAAACAAAUGACUGAUACAAAAUACAGAGCACAAUUCCUUGCAUUUUGUAAAACAUUUGAUUCUGAAGAAAUAAAUAGGAUAAUGGAAUUAUCCUACUUUGGUAUUAACCUCCUUCAUCUUAUAUCGAAACGUGGGUACAUCGAUUUUGCUGCAUUCUGUUUAGGGAAAGGCGUUGAUAUAAAUAAAUAUGAUGACAUAGGAAUGACCCCAUUACAUAAGGCGUGCAAGUAUGAAAAUGUAAAUUUAGUCGUUUUUUUGUUGAAAGCGGGCGUGAGUGUAAAUUCAUACAAAUCGAGAGGAUUUACUGCAUUAUUUGGAGCAUGCAUGUCUGGAAAAAUACAUGUUGUAAAACAUCUUUUAGAGAAUCGAGCAGACCCGGAUUUGUGCAGUGGCAGGCGUUUGAUACCAUUAUUGCUAGUUAGUGAAAAAGGCUAUUUUGAAAUAGCAAAACUUUUAAUACAAUUCGGGGCAGAUAUAAAUCAACAAGAUAUUAUGGGUUUUACAGCUCUUCAUCACGCUUGCAUUAAAGGACAUGAAAAAAUAGUCGAACUUUUAUUAGAAAACGGAGCAAAUGUUGACAAAAGUUCCGAUGAUGGUGAAACACCGUUACAUUUCGCUUGUGCUUCAUCUUCUAAAAACGUAAUGCAGUUGCUUGUUGCAAAGAGGGCUAACUUAUUAGCUUUAUCACGAAAGAGUGGUUUAUCGCCUCUGAGACUUCUUUAUCGCGAUCAAAGGGAUAGUUUAAUCAUUCUUUUACAGACAGCUACUCUCAAUGACGACAUUAACCCGAUACUCCUAUAUGCAUUAGAAGAAAAUGAUCAAGAUCUUUUGGAAAUUAUAAUGGAAAUUGAUUUAGAAAUCAACAGGUACUUGAAAUCCGGAAAAUCUGCACUUCAUAUCGCUUGUCAAAAUGGCGAUUUAGAAAUUGCAAAUGUAUUAAUAGAAAAUAAGGCUAAUGUGAAUAUUUAUACAAAACAAGGCGAAACAGUGAUGCAGCUCUCUUGUCUAAGUAAAAAUUGUGACUUAGUGAAACUGUUGAUAACUAAAGGGGCUAAUAUAGUCGAUUAUAAACAGUCUAUAGUUUUACCGUCUCCUCUUCAUAUAGGAUGUCUUUUGAAUAAUUAUGAGAUGUGCUCAAUAUUUCUUCAAAAGGAUAUUUGCAUUGAUGUUAAUGCAAGUGAAAAACUAACAUUACAUGCCGCUUAUUCGAUUCGAUCCCCUGAAUAUAUCAAUUCUUUAUUGACAAAAGUUGGUCAGUGGCAUGAUACAUGUGUAACUCCUUUAGAAAUAGCAUGCUUUGAACAAAACUUAGAUAUAAUGGAGCUUCUAUUAAACAGUGGAGCUGAACCAAACAGUUGUUUUGAAACAGAAAGUUUUCCACUAUCUGUUGCCUGUAUUUUUAAAAAUGAAAAUAUGGUAGAAGUUUUAUUGAACAACCAUUCAAACGUUAACACUGCUACAUGUAUUGACGAUGUAUGUCUCACGAUAUUUCAAUGUGAAAUGGCAGUUGAUAUUAUAGAAAUAAUUGCAUAUAAACGGUUUAAUUAUCUUAAUAUUCCUGAAUUUCCAAUAUCAGCAUUACAUAUAGCAAGCAUCUGCAAUAAUGAGAAUAUUGUUAAGAUGCUUUUAGAUAGCAAAGCAAGAAUAAAUUUAAAAUGUUCUGUUAAUCCAGUGAUGCUUCAAAUUUUAGCCAAUAAUUGUCAGAGCACUUAUAGGCCUGAAAUAGCAUUCAACAAAUAUUUUAAUUGCAGUAUUAUUCACGAUAUUCUUCCUCUCCACAUAGCUUGUUUAAUGGGAAAUGAUAACAUCGUCGAAAUGUUGUUAUUACAAAGCAACAUUGCUAACCUUCCUAACUAUAUAGACAGUCCAAUUCUAAUAAACACAGACUAG